CUUGCCGGAUGUAGACGAAGGCAGUCAGCUCCAUCGCAGUAGCUAGCUCGGUGCGUGUUCGUGUGCUUCUCUUUCUGUGAGUGAUCUGACCAUGGCGUACCAGCUGUACCGGAACACCACCCUGGGAAACAGCCUGCAGGAGAGUCUGGACGAGCUCAUCCAGACCCAGCAGAUCACCCCCCAGCUGGCCCUGCAGGUCCUGCUCCAGUUCGACAAAGCCAUCAACACAGCCCUGGCCAACCGGGUCCGGAACCGGGUCAACUUCAGGGGCUCCCUGAACACGUACCGGUUCUGUGACAACGUGUGGACGUUUGUUCUGAACGACGUGGAGUUCCGGGAGGUCACGGACCUGGUGAAGGUGGACAAGGUCAAGAUCGUGGCCUGCGACGGGAAGAAUUCCGGCUCCAACGCUGCAGAGUGACGGCGGAUCCUCGUCUUCCUCCGUCAGAUGGACCCGGACGGACCAAGACUGUACAUAUAAUUUAUUACAGCAGUUACCAGUGUGUGUGUGUGUGUGUGAGAGAGUGUGUGUGUGUGUGUGUGUGUGUGUGUGUGUGAGAGAGUGUGUGUGUGUGUGUGAGAGAGAGAGAGAGAGAGAGAGAGAGAGAGAGGGAGUGUGUGUGUGAGGUCACCAACAGGAAUUUCUUUUUGUUUUUUUUUAAUAAUGAAGGUUUUGUGUUCAGUGUGUUGUCAAAAUGCUGAAUCAUCUUUAAUAAAACUUUAUUUAAAACACAGA